UAGCGGAGAGAAUUACCAUUCAAUUAAAAAAGAACAAGAAACGCUUGAAUCUUGUGGAUUAUUAUUGGAUUUCCAUUUCUAUUUGGAUUUUACUAUUUCUCUCUGCUGUUUUCAAUCAACAGGUGGGUAAAAACCAGGGUUUUACCAUGAAGUUGACAGGAAUAUUUCUGCUAUUGAUGCUUUGGACCUGCGAGAGCGCACGAGUUGCAGAGAGCCGAGACGACAAUAGCGUGUACGACCUGUUCGAGCUGGUCCAAGUCCCCAACAAGAACCACGGAGUGACCCUAGUGAAGGGCGACGACCCAUACAGUCCCGCCUACAAGAUCCUCAACCCGGACCUGAUCCCCGAGGUCCCCGAGAGCUCCUUCAGGGACCUCAUCGAUUCCAUCCACGCCGAGAGGGGAUUCCUUCUCCUCCUCAACUUCAAGCAGUUCAAGCGUACCAGGGGCUCCCUUCUGACCGUGGAAAAGCGUGACGGAUCCGGAGCCGUGUUCGAGAUCGUCUCCAACGGGAAAGCGAACACCCUGGAUAUGGUUUUCUCCACAGUGAAUAAGCAACAGGUGGUGUCGAUAGAAGAUGUGGACUUGGCAACGGGUCACUGGAAGAAUAUAACGCUGUUCGUGCAGGAGGACCGGGCGCAGCUGUACGUUGGCUGUGAGGAGGUUAACACGGCGGAACUGGACGCUCCCAUCCAGAGCAUUCUCACUCAGGAGACUCCCGUCACAGCGCGUCUCAGAAUCGGGAAGGGAGCGGUGAAGGACCGGUUCAUGGGGGUGCUCCAAAACGUUCGCUUUGUCUUCGGAACCACUUUAGAUGCGAUUCUGCGUAACAAGGGAUGCCAAAACUCUGUUCUGACUGAUAGAAUCAUCAUUAUGGACAACCCCAUCAAUGGGUCCAGCCCUGCCAUUAGGACGGACUACACUGGCCACAAAACUAAAGACCUGCAGAUGAUCUGUGGGUUCUCCUGUGAGGCCCUGGCUGGCAUGUUCAAGGAACUGCAGGGGCUUGGAGUGGUGGUGAAGGAGCUGUCCAAUGAGCUGCGCAAAGUGACGGAUGAGAACAAGCUGUUGAUGAACAGAGCGGGGAUCCACAGUGGAGUCUGUCUGCACAACGGCAUCGUCCACAAGAACAAGGCCGAGUGGACCGUCGACGACUGCACUGAGUGCACUUGUCAGAACUCUGCCACUGUGUGCCGCAAGAUCUCCUGCCCGCUGAUCCCCUGUGCCAACGCCACCAUGCCCGAUGGAGAGUGUUGCCCGCGCUGUGGAACACCGAGUGACUAUGCUGAAGAUGGCUGGUCCCUGUGGUCUGAAUGGACCCACUGUUCCGUGUCUUGUGGGCGGGGCAUCCAGCAGAGAGGCCGCUCCUGCGAUCGCAUUAACAACAACUGCGAGGGAACCUCCGUCCAAACCAGGGACUGCUACCUUCGGGAGUGUGACAAACGCUUCAAGCAGGACGGUGCCUGGAGCCACUGGUCCCCCUGGUCAUCCUGCUCGGUCACCUGUGGGGCGGGUGUCAUCACCCGUAUCCGCCUCUGCAACUCCCCCACACCCCAGCUGGGAGGCAAGGACUGCCAGGGAGAGGGAAGACAGACGGAGAGGUGCACCAAGUCACCCUGCCCCAUCAACGGUAACUGGGGACCCUGGUCGCUAUGGGAUACCUGCUCUGCCACCUGUGGAGGAGGAGCCCAGACGCGUAAACGUCUCUGCAACGACCCCACCCCCAAAUAUGGUGGCAAGGAGUGCCAGGGUGACUCCAAGGCCACUCAGCUGUGCAAGAAGAACGCCUGUCCUGUCGAUGGAUGUCUGUCCAACCCCUGCUUCCCUGGGGCCAAGUGCACUAGCUUCCCUGAUGGAACAUGGAGUUGUGGAAAAUGCCCCACUGGUUACUCUGGUAACGGCAUCAAGUGCAAGGACAUUGACGAGUGUAAAGAGGUUCCUGAUGCUUGCUUUGUGUUCAACGGAGUGCACAGCUGUGAGAACACCGACCCUGGCUACAACUGUCUGCCCUGUCCUGCACGCUACUCUGGACCUCAGCCCUUCGGCAGGGGAGUGGAGGAGGCCGCCGCCAAGAAACAGGUGUGUACACCACGUAACCCCUGCCUGGAUGGGAGCCACGACUGCAACAAGAACGCCCGCUGUAACUACCUGGGACACUUUGCCGACCCCAUGUACCGCUGUGAGUGUAAGCCUGGCUAUGCUGGGAACGGACACAUCUGUGGUGAGGACACAGACCUGGACGGGUGGCCCAACGAAGACCUGGUCUGCGUGGAGAACGCCACCUACCACUGCAAGAAGGAUAACUGCCCCAACCUUCCCAACUCAGGCCAAGAAGACUACGACAAGGACGGUGUUGGUGACGCGUGUGACAACGAUGAUGACAAUGAUGGUAUUCCUGACGACAGGGAUAACUGUCCGUUCGUGUACAACCCCAGGCAAUAUGACUAUGAUAGAGAUGAUGUUGGAGAUCGUUGUGAUAACUGUCCUUACAACAGCAACCCUGACCAGACCGACACAGACAACAACGGGGAAGGAGACGCCUGCUCUGUGGACAUUGAUGGAGAUGGUAUUCUGAAUGAGAAAGACAACUGCCCAUUCGUCUACAACGUGGACCAGAGAGACACCGAUCUGGACGGUGUGGGAGAUAUGUGUGACAACUGCCCUCUGGAACAUAACCCUGACCAGGUUGACUCUGAUGACGACCGUGUGGGAGACAAGUGUGACAGCAAUCAGGACAUUGAUGAGGACGGCCACCAGAACAACCUGGACAACUGCCCCUACAUCCCCAACGCUAACCAGGCCGACCACGACAAAGACGGCAAGGGAGACGCCUGCGACCACGAUGAUGACAACGACGGGAUCCCUGAUGAGAAAGACAACUGCAGACUGGCCUUCAACCCUGACCAGCUCGACUCUGAUGGUGAUGGUCGGGGAGAUGUUUGCAAAGAUGACUUUGACCAAGACAACGUGCCUGACAUCUAUGACGUGUGUCCGGAGAACUUUGACAUCAGCGAGACAGACUUCAGGAAGUUCCAGAUGGUUCCCCUGGACCCCAAGGGAACGUCCCAGAUCGACCCCAACUGGGUGGUCAGACAUCAGGGCAAAGAGCUUGUCCAGACUGUCAACUGUGACCCUGGCAUUGCUGUUGGUUUUGAUGAGUUCAACGCGGUGGACUUCAGUGGAACCUUCUUCAUCAACACGGAGAGAGACGACGACUACGCCGGCUUUGUGUUCGGCUACCAGUCCAGCUCCAGGUUCUACGUGGUGAUGUGGAAGCAGAUCACACAGACCUACUGGAACAACAAACCCACCAAGGCUCAGGGAUACUCAGGACUGUCCAUCAAGGUGGUCAACUCUACUACCGGACCUGGAGAGCACCUCAGGAACGCUCUCUGGCACACGGGCAACACACCAGGACAGGUGAGGACUUUGUGGCACGACCCUAAGAACGUUGGCUGGAAAGACUUCACAGCCUACAGAUGGCACCUGAUCCACAGACCCAGAACAGGACACAUCAGAGUGGUCAUGUACGAGGGGAAGAAGAUCAUGAAGGAUUCCGGGAGCAUAUACGACAAGACGUACGCUGGCGGAAGACUAGGUCUCUUCGUCUUCUCUCAAGAGAUGGUAUACUUCUCAGACCUCAAGUACGAAUGCAGAGAUGCAUAACUGCACGGAGCAGGAAGCUCAUGGAAUAAUGCACCUUUCUGUAUAAAUAUGAACAAUAUGUAUUCAGAUGAAAAGUCCAGGGACAGUUUUUUCUGCUACUCUUUCUUCUGUGGUACUCACACUGGAGGGAGCGAGGGGGGGAAGGCCUGGUGUGGGUCAGCCUCAGGGUAAAAUGAUGCUGGUUUGGAGAGAGAACCAUCCGGGUGACUGCCAUUCGAAGAUCAAAGAACCCCCUCCUACCCACCCAGAGCAGGUAGAGCCCAAAAAACUGCCCAUUUGUUUUGCCCGAGUGAGAGACCAACCGAUGUUACCAACCGACCGGCUGAUCUCUCUUUGAUCUGAAAGACCUCAUUCAGCUCUGUGCGGGAGAGGCUCCCGAUAGACGACUAUGCACUUCCAAACCUUUACAUCUCUCUCUCUCUCUCCCUCUUUCUAUCCAGCUCUUUUUUUCUGGAAAGGACGUCCCAAAGAAAGACUAUGUAAUGUUCCGUUUAUAUAAAAACAUAUCUAGCCGGAUGUAGGUUCUGAACGAUACGACUCUGAUGAUGAGGUAUUUGGCUCAGAGGAUGAAGAAUGGCUUGUGGCCCUUGAAAGUCAGUUGCGUAACAACAAGAUAUGGAGGACGAUGUAUGUAUGAUUUAUGUACGUAUGUUCAUGUGUGUAAAUAAGAAGACAUAUAAAGCUUGCUUUUACCCAUCUAUAUGUGUUCCCUUGGAGACAAAUGUUGCAGAGACAAAAGAAAACAAAUCGAAAUUAAAACGAGCCAAAAUAUUUUUUUUGUCAAAUACAUGAUUGCUUGUAGGCUUUGUGGCUGACAUUAGAUUGAUAUAAUUCAGUUGAAACUGAACAUAGUAAUACUCAGGGUAAGAUGGAAGCGACCAUCUUAGCACAUCAAACCAUUGCAGAAAAUGACAUGGGAGGGCCAUGUAAAAAAGGGCAUUUCCGGUGCCAGUAAGCCAUUCUGUCUAUUAAGACACUUUCUAUUUCCAACAUUAAAUGUUACAAAUAUAAUAAUAAUAUGUAUUUAUUUUCCCAAUUUUAAAAGAUACAAUUUGGGUUAAGAUUAGAAACAUUGAACAGGCGGAUCUUCCUCAUCUUUAGAGGCUUUACAUUUUGAACUUCUGUAAAUAAAAGUCUUAAUUUAUUCACUCUCGCCUACACUGUAGGCACCAAACAAUUCAAAAUACUUUGAGGAAGUGCCAGAGUUUUUCCCCCAGUGUUCCAGGUGUAAACGGAGCCAAAGUCAGAAGUGGGAUCCUACUCUAAUCCCAUUUUAACCACGGUUAGAACUAGACCACCUCACUCAGUAUGGCAUGUAUGUGACCGGUGUGCCUUUUCUUCUGAGAGAGAUUCAAAACAAAGGAACCUUUGACGUACACAUAAUACCUCAUUGCUGUUGUAUAAUUAAUUUGAUCGAAUAAAAAAAGUGCUUUUUUCAUUGUAUGCUUACAGAAUACAAAUUGAUCGACAUCUUAUUGCUACUGUAGCAUGAAUCUGUAAAUAGUAUUACUUUUAUUUUCAAAACAGAAACCACCCCCCAUUCAACACCCCACUGCAGUAAAAAUCUGUUUUUUUUAAUAUAAAUAUUUUAUUUUUGCUUUUAUGUAUGCCCUUUGUCCAGUGCUCUUUUUAAUGGAUGCAUUCUUGUUCUGUUUUGUUUUGUCUUCGCUGUUCUGUGUGUGAGAGAUCGAUUUGUGUGUGUAGAUAAAUGCUAUUUAAAUAAUUUAUCAGGAUUUGCUGCCAGAGGAAGGGGGCGUGUCCGUAUGUAUAAACGGUUUGCACACUGACAUGAGGAUGUUCUGUUCUUGAUCGUUUUUUGUUUUAUUUUUACCGGGGGUUUUUUGUACAAUUUAGUGAUGCUUGUUGUCUGUAAACAUUUUUACUUAGUUGUACAAUGCAAUUAUUUUGUUAUAUACUAUAUAAAUAGUUGUUGAAAUCCA